AUGGGGAGCUUUGAAACUGAACUGAUGAAUCUUAAGGCCACAGAGUUGAGGUUGGGACUGCCCGGCUGUGAUGAAACUAAUGAGAAAAGUUCAUCCAGUAGUGGAUCUGUUGUUAGAAGCAACAAGAGAUCUUCACCAGAACCCAGUGUGGAAGAGUCCAGGUGCAACUCUAAUGGUUCUUCAGAUUCUACCACCACAAGUGAUCAUGAUCAAGACAGUGCCCAACCUGAAAAGGUACAAGUAGUGGGGUGGCCACCAAUUAGAUCUUUUAGGAAGAACAGUCUGCAACAACAGAAGAAGGUGGAGCAGCUGCAGGGUGAUGGAGGUGGAAUGUACGUGAAAGUGAGCAUGGCUGGUGCACCUUACUUGAGGAAGAUAGAUCUCAAGGUUUACAAUAGCUACCCAGAACUCCUCGCAGCCUUGCAAAGUUUGUUCACGUGCACAUUUGGUGAAUAUUCAGAGAGGGAAGGUUACAAUGGAUCUGAAUACGCUCCAACUUAUGAAGACAAGGAUGGUGACUGGAUGCUUGUUGGAGAUGUUCCAUGGAACAUGUUUGUAUCCUCCUGCAAGAGGCUGAAGAUAAUCAAAGGAUCAGAAGCAAAGGGUUUGGGUUGUUUGUGACCAACAAAACUUACAAAAGCAAAAGCAAGAUAGUCAUGAGAUCUUCAGAGACAAAUACCCUUUGUGUUGUGCAAGCAAGUACAUGGUGUUUUAUGAGAACUCAUAUAUAGUUUAUUAUAGGAAAAUAGAUGAAUAUAUAUAUACACGUUAUUUUUUCUUUAUUAAUUUCAACAGAGGCGGCUUUGAGGUCUGCUUUCUAAAUUAUAUGUAAUAUUCCUCUCAAAAAGAAAGAGAAAGAAAAUAUAAGAAAAGUUAAUGCUAUUUCAAUUGUACA